UACUGGCGAAGUUUGGGGCCGGGGUUUAUAAGGCAGGGUCCCAGCAACUACGGCCCAAAACACGCAGACGCACCGACAACUUUCACUUUCCUCUGCAUCGUUCUUCGACAUACCUGACAACAUGAAGAUGCGCCUGACACUCGCAUUGCUGGCCACCUUUCUCCUCGUGGAGGUGUCCCUGGCCUGCAUUUCCAGCGGCAAGCCUAAACCCGAUGACGGCUGGGGCGAUGAUGAAGGCGACCGCCCAAGACCUGGUGAUGGGGACGAAGGCGACCGUCCCAGACCCGAUGGCGGUGACGAAGGCGAUGAGCCAAGACCCGAUGGAGGUGACGGAGGCGACAACCCCAGACCCGAUGGAGGUGACGAAGGCGACAACCCAAGACCCGAUGGCGGUGACGAAGGCGACAACCCAAGACCCGAUGGCGGUGACGGAGGCGACCGUCCCCCGACCGAUGGAGGUGACGAAGGCGAAGGGAACCCACCAGCCAGGCGUUAAGUUGGCAGGGACUCCAUGGUCCUAUGAAGGCGGCCAGCAGACCACAUAAAUUCAGGGUCCUCCGUCGCUAACUACGGGACUUCUUGCAGUAUACCUUCGUAGUUUUCUGAUGACAAUCAGAUAGUUUAUAUAAUAAUCCCUGAGGAUAAUCAGCAUUGUUCUCUCCUCCAAAGAUAAAAAUAAUAACAAGCUAUAUAUCAAAGGUCCAUUUUUUCUUAAUUAACAUUAUCAUAAAAAUGUGAAGCAGCACUGUAAUUCACCGAAACUUUUGAUUAACAUGAUAGUUUUGGACGGAAACAAUAAAGAUAAUUUUGUAGAAUGAA